CUGGAACAGCGACCAAACAUGGCCAGUAAAGUAAUGGACCUCAUCUACUGGAAGGACACAGAGAGAAGUGGCAUGGUGCUCACAGCCUUGGUGGUGGGCUUACUUUCCCUGUUCCAGCUCAGCAUCAUCUCUGUGGUCUCCACCGUCUCCCUGGCAGUCAUGUGCUUCACCAUCUCUGUACGCAUCUACUACCUGUUUCUCCACGCUCAGCUGGGGGACGGAGAACAUCCUUUCAAAUCAUACUUGGAUCUUGACAUCAGUUUAAGGGGAGAGCAGGCUGACAUCUACAUGCAAAAAGCCAUUGUUCUGGCUCUGUCUGCUGUUGAUGCCCUGAGGAGGCUGUUUUUUGUAGAAAAUCUUUUUGAAUCCCUCAAGUUCCUGUUUCUGAUGUACCUUGUCACAUAUCUGGGAGGCCUUUGCAAUGGCCUCACCAUCCUCAUCAUCAGUGUGAUUGCUCUCUUUUCUUUACCCCUUUUCUACGAAAGACGGCAGGAGCAAGUGGAUGGCUUUAUUGGAAAAAUUCAGGCCCAAAUUGACAGCGUGAAGGACUUUCUGCGAAGACUUGCCCAAGGCGGCGGCCCUCCUCUUGAUACAACUCCUGGUGGUGCCAAGCCUAAAACCCAGUAAAGUCUUAAGGACAUUUAGGAGAAGCUACCCGAGUUGCAGAUUGCCACUCAAUGUCUUACUCAGCAGUCUGUCCCUUAGACCUCCAGCAGAUGGCGCUGCAGAAACUGGGAACCUGAAGAAAAGAGCAGUGAUGUUCUGUGUACUAAGACUGUGUCUCAUUUCUAGAGGUUAGAGGAUGGCUCUCAGACGCUCUUAAGGUCAAGUAAGAGUUAAUGGAUUCUGGGUGAAAACAAUCUGGUAAGAUAAUUUUUGCGUUACAAAGGAGAUUCGAUGAGCAUCUUAGAGCUCUUGUACUAAUGUGCUAAAGAACACGAGUGAGAAUUUCUCACCCCGACUUGAUGAGUCAGGUGAUUUAACGUAUUUGAGAGAACAAUAACAGGGAUCAUCAUGGCAGCAUAAAAUGACCACAUCUACUUCUUCUUCUUCUUUCAGAUACAUUUUCAUCCUCACAACUGUUUAUCUGCAUGAAUGCCAGUGUAUUGAUUUGAAUGUGUGCGUCUGCUCUGACAAAUUUACUGAAUAUGAAUCUGUUGACCCAACUAAAACAAAUUUCUUCUUUAUUUCUAAAAUGUACUGUUUGUUGUCACCCCAGCUGUCAUUCUCUUUCCUUUACACUUCUUCUGGGACUUUGGUUUUUUGCUUCGCCUGUCUAGGUGCAGCAAGAAAGCAGAAAGACAGAUGAGAUUUGCAAUAAUUUUGCUCAAUGCGAUGCACCUGAACUGGAAGCAAAAUCAUGUUCUCAUAAGUUCUGACGUGAUGUUUUAGUUGCUGUGUGUUUGUUUAGUGAAAGGUUUAAGAUUUUAAACAGUCCUCCCAGUCUCUUAUUGUGCUCUUCUCCAGAUGUUGAUGAACUCUGAAAAGUUGAGCAAGCGACAUACAGCAGGUGCCUUUCUGACCGCAGGUGCAUGAUAUCAUCACAGUACUUACAGCAACCAUGUCUCUGACCAUCAACUCACACAGAAUGCUGUUUUGUGCGAUUACCUUAUUAUAUAUACACUUGUGUACGCGGAAUCUUAAAUCUUAAACAAAAUUGUAACAAAAUCAGUUUCAGGACUCUCAAAAGUAUUCAGGAUGCUCAGCUAUAUAAAUCUAAACUUUCUUUCAGCUAAUGCUUCAAAGCGUCACGUUACUCCCAUGCCUUACUGUUAUCCAGCUCAUGCAUCCUAAAGAGAAGCAAAGACGUGUCAGCAGAUGUAAACUCCAGUAUGAUGGCCUGUAAGCCUCAGACAUGCUGAUGCCUAUAAAUGACCCUCACUAGCUGAAAACUCAUCUUUUCUUUUGUGUUUUGGGCUUCGAGUUAGGAUUAUUGCAGCAUUAUUUCAAAAUGUGUUCAAUGUGUUCCUCUGCAAUGGCGUUUGAAUGUGUGGUGCCUUGCAAAAUCAUUUAUAUCUGCUGGACCUACUCACAUUUUUGCCAAGCUGCAAUCAGAAUCUUCAACGUUUGAUUGGGAUUUUUGAAAUAGACCAACACAGAAUAGCUCAAGCCCAGUUUGAAUGGAUAGAGUAUCUGUGAAUCGUAGUUUGCUACAGAUUCUCCACUGGUUUGAACGUGUGGCGAUUUUUUUGAUCUCAACUGUUUUGUUAUGGCUCUGGCUAUAUGUUUGGAGACAGAAGGUGAACAUCUGCCCCAGCAUUACAGAGUUUUGCAGUCUAAUAUGACAUUUACUGAAAGUCUUUUGUAUUUAUCACUGUUAUCAACACUCAGCAGCUUCCAUCUUAAGGAUGAGGGAAACAAGGACAACUUUUCCGUUAACAGAUUUUCCCGCGAGAGCUGAGGCCCAAAGUUAUCAUGGCUGCUUCUGAUUAAUUUUCUCCUUGUCUGACCUGUGAGUGACCUCCAUGUUUUGAUGGCUUUGCAGUCAUGUCAUUCUCUUUACAUUUUUCAGUCGCUGAGCUAAAUAGCGCAUCGUAAGAGAAAAGCGCAAGCUUAUUUGGUAAGCUAAACCUGAUUAAAGAGCCUCCUCACCUUUGUCCCUGACCUGCCUGCCAUGCUCCUUGGUCUCUGUGAUGUUUUUUGUUUUCUUUCACAUAUUAUAGAUUGCUUCGCAUUGGUCUCUCACAUAAAAUCUAAACAAAUUACAUAAAAAGUGUAGUUAUAAUAUGAUCAAAUUCAGCCUCUACCAUCUUCCCCCACUACAUUGCCUUUCUGCUAGCUUUUUAGAUGUUAGCAUUAAACACAAAGAAUAAUUAAGACUUGGUUUUCCACUUUGCCUCAGCGUCUUUCCUAACACUUUCUCUGGAUGAAUUAAUAUCAGCUCCUGUGCAUAAAAUUAGUACAAGCCAGGUUUACUGACAAUGGUUUUCCUGCGAUUAUGCCUAUAAACAUGUUUGUGUUUCUGGAAUUAAAAUGAGCAUUUCUCCCAAAGCAACUCUUAAUACGUCCUGGUUCAGUCACUUGAUCUAUUGCUACAAUUAAAACAUUAAAAUAUUGUCUUCAUCUUGUGCUCUGUACUUUACGUUUCACCCAGCGUCUCAACCCCUCUGGAUACAGGGUUGUAAGUCCUAACCUGAAGUGACAUUUA